CGGAAGAUGGCUGCGGCUGAGGCGACCGACACUCAGCUGAUGCUGGGAGUCGGGCUGAUCGUGACCAUCUUUCCACCGUAGAAAAGGACACAAAUGGAGAAGUUCUGUGGGUAUGGUGUUAUCCUUCCACGACAGCUACUCUAAGGAAUCUGCUGCUGAGGAAAUGCUGCCUUACAGAUGAAAACAAACUCCUCCAUCCCUUCGUCUUUGGUCAGUACAGAAGAACUUGGUUUUAUAUCACAACAGUUGAAGUUCCAGAUUCUUCAGUUUUAAAAAAGGUGACUCAUUUUUCUAUUGUUCUGACCGCCAAAGAUUUUAACCCAGAGAAAUAUGCCGCCUUCACUAGGAUAUUGUGUAGAAUGUACCUGAAACAUGGGAGCCCAGUUAAAAUGAUGGAAAGUUAUAUUGCAGUUCUCACAAAGGGGAUAUGCCAGAGUGAAGAAAAUGGCUCUUUUCUUACCAAGGACUUUGAUGCCCGAAAGGCAUACCUUGCAGGCUCCAUCAAAGACAUUGUAUCUCAGUUUGGAAUGGAAACUGUUAUCUUACACACAGCACUGAUGCUAAAGAAAAGAAUUGUCGUCUAUCACCCCAAAAUAGAAGCUGUCCAGGCGUUUACCAGGACCCUGCCUGCCCUGGUGUGGCAUCGACAGGAUUGGACCAUACUUCACUCGUACGUGCACCUGGAGGCCGAUGAGCUGGAAGCCCUGCAGCUGUGCACAGGUUACAUCGCCGGAUUUGUAGACUCAGAGGUGAGCAAUAGAUCAGACCUCUAUGACGUGUUUGUGAAUCUGGCAGACAGUGAGAUUACCAUUGCUCCGCUUGCAAAAGAGGCCAUGACAAUGGGCAAACUGCACAAAGAAAUUGGUCAGCUAAUUGUUCAGUCUGCAGAAGAUCCAGAGAAAUCUGAUGGCCAAGUUAUACAGGAUAUUUCCCUCAAAACAAAAGAAAUCUUCACCAACUUGGCACCAUUUUCAGAAGUUUCGGGUGAUGGAGAAAAGCUUGUUCUCAAUUUUGAGGCACUAAGGCAAAGACGAUUUCCACCAGCAACAGAAAACUUUCUGUACCAUCUAGCAGCAGCCGAGCAGAUGCUGACAAUCUGACCGCGUAUUAGAGUGCUAUCGCUGAGGACUGAUACACAGCUCUCUGUCCAUGAUUAUCCAUUAACUAUGUAAAAUACUGAAAAUAACAAAGAAAAUGUUAUAUUUUAAUGAUUUAUUUGAAAGUAUUGAGAUUUGACCUGAAAAGCACUGAAACACAUAUAAAAACACUUCUGAUUUUCUCUUACCUGAUUAGUUUCAUGCCUACUAUCAAUGCUGGACAAGUGCUCUAACUACCACAAAUAAGUUAUAAAACGGCCUGAAGUCCUGGACUAAGAAAAAAGCUCUAAGUUCUCAUGUAAAUCACAGCAGAUCCGAAAGCCUUUGUUAUUAUAAGUUCCAGCUUGUCUCAUUGUGUAGCCACAAACUAAUGGUUUAUUUUCAGAAAGCUGCCUGAAAUUUUGCUUUGUAUUCUUCUAGGAAGAAUUUUAAUUCCUCAUGAGGAACUCUACUUUCUGAGCCAAACUAAGUUUUCUGCAGAACUGUCUAGAAGAGCAUUCAAAAGACCCUGCAAUUGCACUUUCUUGUAGAAGAAAAAAAUUUUUUUCUUGGCCUUUGAACAUUUUGCCUAUCUUAUGAGGGUUUUGCAUAGAUUUUAUACUUGAGUAGACAACUUUAUUAAUCCAUAUUUAUACUGUCUCAGAGGUAAGCAUUUGGCAGACUUAAGCCAUCAGUGCUCUUCAAUUAACCUUACUGCUAGCAAUAUUAUUUUGAAAAAGAUGCCAGUCCUUACAUGGCAGAGUCAAACAAGCAGCAAUUUUGACUAUAAAUGUCUGUAUAACUGAAUUAGCAACUUGACAUUGUUGGUUAAGGGAGUGUGAGAAUUAACUGCUUGCAAGGGCCAAAACCAGAGAAUGUCUUCAAAGAACUCCAGUACGAAGUAACUCAGCCACAUACGAAAGUAACUGUUCCUGGUCAGUUGUGUACUUUCUCAUAAUUGGAAACCUAAAAGCUGCAAAACAACAUGGAGGUCUAAGUUAUGUACUUGUUUCAUUAUAUGUAUUCGUAUUGACUCUGAAAGGUUAUUUUACACUCAGUACUGUUGUCCUUAGAAAUCUCACCCAGAAAAAAAUUUGUGAAAAAAAUCUUGUCUUUGUUGGAUCUUUCAUUUAUUCUUGGUUAGAUAUUUGUUAAGUAACAAAUUUAAAAUAGCCCUUUCUCUUCCUCCUUGGGUAAGGGUGGAACUGAAAUGAGAUUUUGUUUACUAAGGCAAACAAUUUAAAACUAAAUCUGCACUUUAUGAAAAUGAAUACUAACAUUUUUUUCUCUCAUUUUUGUAUUGCUGUAUUAGCUUGUGAUCAAAUUUCUUAAAAUGACAAAUGUAUGAU